CAGUAUUGUGCUUUUCGCCACAUUCCGCGCCUGAACGCAAAGCCUCAAUCCUGUACACAAAUUCUCGUUGCUAUCUGUGUAAUUGCAACGAGGCGCCUUUCACGUUCUUCUGGAGAAUUAAUCUGUGGAAAAACUCAAUGUUUUGGGAAAAAUAAACGAGCUACGUCUUCGCACCUAACAUACUGACCACACUUCUGAAAGUGCUGCCUGGCAUCCAGUCCCUUCUGAUCCACCUACUUUGUUACCAUGGCAACGGAGGAGAAAAAGCCAGAGAUUGAAGCGGCUAAAACGGCAUCUGCAUCAUCUGCCUCAGCAGGCCAGAGCAAGUCAGCACCUGUGAAGCCAAACUACUGCCUGAAGUUCACGCUCGCUGGCCAUACCAAGGCUGUCUCCUCAGUCAAGUUCAGCCCCAGUGGAGAAUGGCUGGCCAGCUCUUCUGCUGAUAAAUUGAUCAAAAUAUGGGGAGCCUACGAUGGGAAGUUUGAAAAAACGGUGUCUGGACACAAGCUGGGUAUCUCGGACGUUGCGUGGUCCACCGACUCAAACCUCCUGGUUUCUGCGUCGGACGACAAGACCCUGAAGAUAUGGGACGUGAGCUCGGGGAAGUGUCUCAAGACGCUGAAGGGCCACAGCAACUACGUGUUCUGCUGUAACUUCAACCCCCAGUCCAACCUCAUUGUGUCGGGAUCGUUUGACGAGAGUGUGCGCAUCUGGGAUGUAAAGACGGGGAAAUGUCUGAAGACCCUGCCCGCACACUCUGACCCCGUCUCUGCAGUUCAUUUCAACAGAGAUGGCUCCCUGAUCGUGUCCAGCAGUUAUGAUGGCCUCUGUCGGAUCUGGGACACAGCGUCGGGACAGUGUCUCAAAACGCUUAUCGAUGACGACAAUCCUCCCGUCUCAUUUGUGAAGUUCUCCCCCAAUGGAAAAUAUAUCCUGGCAGCCACCCUAGACAACACGCUGAAGCUUUGGGACUACAGCAAAGGAAAGUGCUUGAAAACCUACACUGGCCAUAAAAAUGAGAAGUACUGCGUCUUUGCCAAUUUCUCUGUUACUGGAGGGAAGUGGAUCGUCUCUGGUUCAGAGGACAGCAUGGUAUACAUUUGGAACCUGCAGACAAAGGAAAUUGUACAGAAACUGCAGGGACACACAGAUGUGGUGAUCUCCACUGCCUGCCACCCCACAGAGAACAUCAUCGCUUCUGCAGCGCUGGAAAAUGACAAAACCAUAAAGCUGUGGAAGAGCGACUGCUAAGCCCCUCGAAUCCGCUGGAUUUUAUUUACAUUUUUUGUUGGAAAAGAGGACUUUGCGGACGGAAUGAGGCUGAGCCCCAGAAAAUAUGGGCCAGGCUGCCCAAGGAAGGGCAGAACCCAGUCCGGGCUGAACGGAACCACCAGCUAAGCUAAGCUUCCAGCAAGCCUCAAAAGACCCCAUUCACAUCCCACUCCACCCCCCCCCCCAUCUCUUCAGGCCUUAUUUUAACAGUGUGAACUUGAUCUUUGUGUUUCAUUAAAAGCAAUUAUAGUUGUAA